AUGAGAGACCACGAGGGACUCCAGGUCGCAGAGGAAAACGUAAGUGGGAGAUAUGCCGCCGAUAUAUCUUCGAAGCCGGGGCAGCAUACCAACUUGGAACGAACAUGGUCGGCCGACCAACCAGAGGUAGUGUCUGAGUACAGGUACGCGCCCGUUCCUGUCUCCAGCGAGGAGCAACUCGACUAUCAGUGGACCAAUGGCCGUGCGGGUGGUCUUAGGAAGCGGGAAGACAACGAUCCGGUAUCUUCGCCAUCACCUCGGAAAAGUCGGCGGCGACUCAUCUGCACCAUAGCCAUCAUCGUCUUGGUGCUGGUGGUUGGCGCCGUUGCUGGUGGCGUACUAGGAGCAAAACUGCCGGGAAAGUCGCAUGGAAGCAGCACCACCAGUGUGUCGCCCGGGGCCUCCGCCUCACCUCCAAACUCAACAAGUCCGACUGAGCUUCUGGUCCGGGAGGACACUGGCAUAGCUGCAUUCACAUCUGAUGGGAUGCCUGGUGACAUGCUGCUUUUCUAUCAAGAUUCAGAAAGCCAGAUCCAGGAGAGGGUGAUGCAGAAUGGUACACUGACCUCACAACCAAACACUAGUAAUCCUGUUGGAAGCGGCGUCGCGCCAUCUUCACCUCUCGCGGCAAUGGAAUACAGUCUGUUAAGUGAAUCAUGGUACCUACUCUUCUACAUCAGCACCAGCAGUCAACUAAUGAUGAUCAACCGCACGAGCACGACGAGUUGGUCACAGCCAAUUCUCGUGCUCGACACCGACACGAUAGUAGCCAAAGAUAUUGCACUCGAGACAAUGUAUGUUUCCAACUAUGACCAAACCUCUGCUGUACGACUGUAUUAUGGUUCUGGAAAUGGACAGAUCGGCGAAAUAGGUAUCGGCGGUUCACCUUAUGGUGCGUCAUGGACGGGGCGGGCGGGCCCGUUGCCACCUUUGAACGCAAGUGAUGCAUACAGUGGCAUCGUGGGCACCAGCUACAACGAUGCGAUGUACUUGUACGUUCGCAACAAUCAGUCGGGCGCUUCGGAACAAUGGCAAUCUGUGGCAGGUGUCUCCGCUUGGCAUCUUGGUGAGUCCGAGAUUGAGCUGCUCGCUGUGCACUUAAACCCUUCCUCUUCACAGCCGCAAGCUCCAGCCAUGCGGAUCUGCCUGUCGCUGCAGGAUCUGACAUAG